AUGUCUAGCAUCACUCCUCUCAAUCAGGCGACGCCUUCCGCGACCGAAACUUUAAUAACUGAGUUGACGCCACUAGAUCACCUCAUGCCUCAAACAUAUGUGAUCAGUUCGAAUUGCAGCUGGCCAAUCUCUCGCCGCAGUAACGUUGAAGAUAUUCAUAAACACUUGAAGCUAGGUUUGAAGCAGACCAUAAAGGAAAUCCCUUUUCUUGGCGGGUCUGUCAUUCCCACGGGUUCUCCUGGAAAGUUCUGUAUCGAAACUUUACCUGAAGAUUUAGAAGGAAAUCAAUUGAUUUUUAAUGAUCUCCGUACCGGAAGUGGAAAUUCAUGGCCACAUUCCUACAAAAGUUUAAGAAAGGCAAGGUUCCCGAGUACUCUCUUCGCAGACGACCGCCUCAGUCCAGUGAAGGGGUAUAUGACUCAGGAAAGACUACCGGUUAUAGCUGCUCAGGCAAACUUCAUUGAUGGAGGAUUGAUUCUUCAUCUGAGUGUCCUCCAUACAGCAUGUGAUGUACUUGCCUGGAAUAACAUCCUCUUCAUUCUAUCGAAGAACGUGAAAGCUUCUUGGCCCACCGAAGCCGAAGUGACCCUUGAUGACGACUUGCAGGACUACAAGGUCUUACCUAGCUUUCUUGAUAGAUCUCCACUCAUGCGUGGAAAUCUCAACGUUGAGCGAAUGGAUGUUCGAGAAUACAGGCUACAACUUGCCAAUUCAAAGCUCGAAGAUCCCAGAAAUCAUCUUAUCGACCCUCCCCCAAAGUCAAUCACUGAGAUGGAAAAUGCCCUCUUCUGCAUUUCCAACUCAAAAUUGGGGGAGCUCAGAGAUUCUAUUUCAAUAGAAGGUUCAGCAGCAUCCUGGUUAACAGUGAACGACGCACUGGCUGCAUUAAUGUGGUGCUGCGUCAACCGUGCUAGGAUAUCGAACGGGAGUCAAAAACUUUUACGGGGAAAUUUAUCUGUUGCAUAUGAUGGUCGUACAAUUCUUGAUCCACCACUGCCCAAGAAAUUCAUGGGAAAUUCCUCUUUGGGAUUCCCCAUUACCCUUGAUAUUCAUCCAAGGUCCAUUUUUGAAGCAGCACUUGCUAUCUCCGAGUCACGAAACGAUUUCAACGAUAAGCAUAUAAGAGACAUUAUCGGGUUCUUAGAUGGCUUGGACGACAUUACAGAGGAACGUGUAUCAUAUGCCAAGACUCUAAAUCCCAUUUUGGUCAUUAGUAACUUGAAAGAUAUGGGGUUUUAUGAGCAGGACUGGGGUGGAAGUUUGGGAUUUCAGGAUGCUUUGAGGAUGGCCAAUCCUUUCUUAGACUGCAUUCCUAGAGUAGUGCCGAUGCCGGCACAGCGGAAUGGGAAUGUAGAUUUGGUUGUUUGGAUCGAGAAGUCAGCGGCCAAGCGAUUGAGGGAGGAUGAAACUUGGAACAAAUGGAUCACGCCUGUAACCGAACGUUUGUAUUGGAUCGAGUAUACGAUGACAAGCCACAGAUCUGAAUCGAAAGCAACGGUCAAAGUCCGACCACCUCCAUCAUUCAUCGGGGGAUUGCAAGACAAAUCAUGGACUCCUACUCCAGAGAACUGGCUCUAUGGAUCGUGGUACAUGACCCAUACUUCUCAACAAUAUUAUUGGGAGCGCACGAAGAACUUUGUCAUUCAAUAUGCACCCGUCAUGAAUGGAGUCUGGCCCUGUACAAACCAAGAGCUGGUAUCUCUUACUCCCCUCAGCCAGCCAGAACGUAUUUACACCGCCUUUGGAAUCGACUCCCCCAUUGCUGGGCUCGAUGAUGCUUGGCUGUGCCAAUGCACAGGACAUCUGAGCCAUAUAUCAGACCACGUUGCAUUUCUGGCCUGGGGUGCCGACUCGCAGAAUGUGGACUGGGUCGUGCUGUAUUCAACUCCACUGCCGGGAGCUACAGUGGGUCUUCCUGCACAAGUUGCGAUUAUGAGUCGUAAACGUUUCGGUCCGGACGAUAUGACGGUGGAAGCAAUCAAAGAAGGUCUUUGCGCCGCGGGGAAUUCAGAGUUAGCCAAGCUGGUGGAUAAUUUGCGGCCUUUGUUGCAAGAAGAUCUCGAAAGUGGACGGCCGACCUGUGAAUACCACGUGGUACAAAAUGUAGAUUCUUUGACUAGAUUUUGA